AUGUUUGCGACACGUGUCGCGAUCCUGGCGAUCUUCUUCUGCGCUUCGGUGAGCCAUCGAUCCCCUCAGCAGGUGAACUGGACUUACGGCCUCGGAUUCUUCCAGGUAUCAUCUGCACCAGUACCCGGGGAGCUAUCGCAAGAAUCCCGAGCCAUUGCCUUGAUCCACCAUCUCACCUAUCUGAUUGACUACCUGGUCCACUACGUCCUGGGGAACCGUGACCGUAAAACACCACCGGAAGCGGUCGAUUACUACCAAGCGGCACUCGUCGAGGGCCGGAACCCGCAGAGCUCCGACGCGGAAACCCGCCACUAUAAGCCCAGCGCUGCCCGCGCCCGCCAAGAGAUGGAAGCGUUGGACAAAAUGAUGAAAUCCUAA